UUUGUGCUUGGCUAACAGAAGGCUUGGGUGAUCAUAUGUGAGGUAACAAGUCUCAAGCUCUACAUAAUUACAGAGAUCUGAAAGCCAAUGGAUCUGCAUCAGCUGCUGUGUAUGUGUGUUUUUGUUUUCUCUUCCAUUUUAACCAACAGAAUUGAAGAAUGAUUAGGAAACCGGUUGGAUUGUUAAUCUGCUGGAGACGGUCGAUGUCCAUCAGUGAGGAAUGCGACGAGCUGUGUUUAAAGCCUUCACUAAUGAUACCGCAUCUAAGGCACAUCUUUUAAGUGCUUUUUGGGAGGACCCAUGUGAUGCUGCCUUAGACUCCUUGAAGACAAGGUAUCUGAGGUGGCUUCGCUUUUGGACCAGCAUUCGUGUUGGAAGCACAGCUACUAUUUGAUGCCUGCAAAUGCUGGCUAAGGAGGCAUCUCAUUAAGUUUUGGCAAAGGGGGUGAGAUUUGCCAGCUACAGUCUUCCCCGGGACUGGGCAUAGGGGGUCCCCGGGCUGGAGCAGGGACUGAAGCCACAUCACCCGUCACAUUACCACCACUCAGGAACAGCAACUCUCUUACGGCUGGAGGCAAUAAGCACACAAUGAAUGACCACCUGCACGUCGGGAAUCACCAGCAGAUCCACGUUCAACAGCUGUUUGAGGAGAACAGCAACAAACGGACAGUGUUGACUGCACAACCCAAUGGGUUGACGCCCGUAGGUAGAACAGGUCUGGCCAUGCCGGAGAAGCAGCAAGAAAGCAGCCAGUGUCGACAAGGCAGCUCAACUUCCAUCAAAUCAACUGAAAGCAAACCCAAGCCAGCACCUUUGACUUCUGAGCAGGCCAUGAAACAGUACAUGUCUAAGCUUUCAGUGUUUGAACACCAAGAGAUCUUCAGCUACCCUGAGAUCUAUUUUAUAGGUCCAAACGCAAAGAAAAGACAAGGUGUAGUUGGGGGGUCAAACAAUGGAGGUUAUGACGAUGAUCAGGGCUCCUACAUUCACGUGCCCCAUGACCAUAUAGCAUAUAGGUAUGAGGUACUAAAGGUUAUCGGUAAAGGCAGUUUUGGCCAGGUGGUGAAAGCCUACGACCACAAGAACCACCAGCAAGUGGCCCUGAAAAUGGUACGCAACGAAAAGCGAUUCCAUCGCCAAGCAGCCGAGGAAAUUCGCAUUCUGGAACACUUGCGCAAACAGGAUAAGGACUCCACCAUGAAUGUCAUCCACAUGCUGGAGAACUUUACAUUCCGCAACCAUAUCUGCAUGACGUUCGAGCUGCUCAGCAUGAACCUUUAUGAGCUUAUCAAGAAAAACAAGUUUCAGGGCUUUAGUUUGCCACUAGUGCGCAAGUUUGCACACUCCAUCUUGCAGUGUCUCGACUCCUUGCACAAGAACAGAAUCAUUCACUGCGACCUCAAGCCUGAGAAUAUCCUUUUGAAGCAGCAGGGGCGCAGUGGGAUAAAAGUGAUCGACUUUGGCUCCAGCUGCUACGAGCAUCAACGGGUCUACACUUACAUCCAGUCACGCUUCUACAGGGCCCCAGAGGUCAUUCUGGGUGCUCGAUACGGGAUGCCAAUUGAUAUGUGGAGCUUAGGUUGUAUCUUAGCGGAAUUACUUACAGGGUACCCUCUCUUGCCUGGAGAAGAUGAAGGGGACCAACUAGCAUGUGUCAUAGAGCUGCUGGGUAUGCCCUCCCAGAAGCUACUGGAUUCAUCUAAGAGAGCCAAAAAUUUUAUCAGUUCUAAGGGAUACCCCCGUUACUGCACAGUCACAACCUUACCCGAUGGCUCAGUGGUGCUGAAUGGGGGAAGGUCACGUAGGGGAAAACUCAGAGGUCCACCAGGCAGUAGGGACUGGGUGACGGCACUCAAGGGCUGCGACGACCCCCUCUUCUUGGACUUUCUUAAACAGUGUCUAGAGUGGGACCCGUCCCUGCGUAUGUCCCCUAGUCAGGCCCUCCGCCACCCAUGGCUAAGAAGACGCUUGCCAAAACCUCCCACUGGGGAGAAAACCACCGUAAAGCGGAUCACUGAGGGUACUGGUGCUAUAACUUCAAUCUCCAAAUUACCUCCCCCUUCUGGCUCAGCCACAAAGUUAAGGACUAACCUGGCACAAAUGACUGAUGCCAAUGGGAAUAUACAACAAAGGACAGUGUUGCCAAAAUUAGUCAGCUGAACACUCAUUUCUUUUUUUUUCUUUGAAAUUAUAAUAUUGGAAAUUGUGCAAAGCUGAGCAUUCAGAAGUGUGGCAUUUUUAGGAAUAAGAGUUGUUAAUGCAUAUCCACCAUUUACGAACUGCUUCGUAGCACAGAUAGUUGGAUUUUUUUUAUUUUAUUUUAUUUUUUUCCCUAGGAAAACUCAAAUGGCCAAGAAAGGGGGAACAACACUUUUAAGUUUUUAUCUCAGGGCUGUGUUGAAUGCUGCUUUGAAGGAGCAUUCAUACAAUCUUGUCUAUAAUAACAAAAAGUCCCACUUGGUUUAAUACCUAGAUCUUGUAGCAUAGAAAGUAAAUGGCCUUGCCACAAUGAAGUAAUGGUAGGAUACACUGUUUUGUGUGCUUCUGAAAUUUUAAUCAACACCCUCGGAUCCUGUCAGAUAAAUAGUGCGUUAAUGGAUGAGGAUUAAAAAUGCAUUUUACUAAAAGCUAUGCGAUCUGAGGCUUGUUGCAUUUCCCGGCAUCAUUGUUGUCAAUAUUAAGAAUAGAGAACAUUCUUUAAGAGACUAUGGAAAAAACAGGUCAUAAUGGAGAGUGAAUGUUGCAGACUGUUGAGGUAGCGGAGAGAAACAAUGUUUACAUGAUAGAUUUGGUUUGUGCCUAUAAAUCUCUUGACAUUCCUUAAAGAUAUUAAAUGAGGAAAAGAAAGAGUGUCUAGAGUGGUCUACACUACAGUAAAUUGUUGGCAAAUUUAAAGGAAUUUAGGUGGUUUGAUAGAAACAUUACUGUUCUCAGUAGUACUUGACAGGUGUACGUUCGUAAUUAAUAAGCUAUUCGCUGGAAGAGUUGCUUUUGAACAUGUACUGUCCUGGAAGGAAAUAAAUGGUGCUUUACCUUUUUUUAUUUAUGAAUUUUUAUAGCUUGAAACUUAAUGCUCAAGGAGCAAAACUCAAGGAGCAAAACUAAUUUUUUUGUCUUGUCUCUAAAGUGACUAGGACUAAGAAUUGACGAAAAGGAAAGCUGGACAUUGCAUUCACCUGAAUGCAAGCAAGUAAUGACACUAAUGAAGAUAACUAUUGUAGGUGGACAACGAGCAUGACGCAUGAUUCAAGUCUUGAAUCAAAUGUAUUAGACCAUACAGACAGCUACAUCGCAUAUUGUUACGAAAUCAUUGUGUGGACUUGCUAAUAUCAGGCCAGAGUUAAAAUUCUUAAAGGUUGUUCCCUUUUUUUAAUAACAGAUAAUGUUACAAAUAAGUUAUUAAUAACACUUUUUCCUCAAAUCCACAACAGUUGGAUUUGAAAAAUAACAUUUCACUUUAGAAAUCAAAGACUGGCCAUUUUUGUAGCAUUUGUGACAUGGAAAGACUAAUUUGACUGACAUUGGUGUAAAAGCUUAUUAAGUUAUUUAUUUCAUUUUAUUGUGUCAAUGAAGAGCUAAUAUAGGUGGAACCAGUGGUCUGAAUGUGGCUUGUAUAUCAAUUGAGUGAUUUAUGGUGUAAUGCACAAGAAAUAUAUCUGCCACUACUUUGAGAUCCUACUCUAGCAGGAGGUAGUCCUGCUUACUUUCAGCCAGUCACGGAUUGUGGGGGUGUGGACAGAGAUCAAACUAUGGGCUGUCAGGGAGACCAGCAAAGCUGUAAUGCUCAUGUUGAUCCCUCACCCCUCCACCGGAGACUGGUACAGUGCCCUCCAGGCCUACUGCACACUGCACAGGGGCUCAGGCCCCUUUGGACACCCAUAGUGCUUUAUAGAUGCAGAAGUUACCUGCUAACAUCAGCAGGCGUUUCACAAUGUACUUUACACUUUUUUUUUUUAUUGUUCUGUGAAUUGACAGCAGUGUGGAAUAAUUGUGCCCUUAGGUUUAAUACAAUGUGCCUUUGGUUAUCAAUGCCAUUUAUUUUAUUUUAUUUCAAACAGCGAUUCUCCCUUCCAUUUAUUUUGAAAGACUCAUGGUGAUUCUCUUGCACAUGUUUGAGCAUCGCCCAAAGAUACUUCCCAAAGCUCCUUAAAUGGGACUUGGGAACAAGUGGCCGCACAGUUGAGGUUGUACAUGCAGUUUGGACACUCUAUGUUUUUUAUACUAUGGUUUGAGAGGAUAAAUACGUUUUGGGCCUUUUCCAACAGGGAUGUCUUAGUAAGAGACAACAAUUACUACUACAGUGACAUAGAACAAGUGUCUUCACCACUGCAUUCAUGUUGUCUUAACAUCCAACUAUUCAAGGAGAUACAUUUGGUUAAUUUUAUUACAAUAGAACUAAGAACACAUUUUAAUAUUUUACCUCAGACUGUUGUAAUAUUCUUGUACUUUACGAAUCCAGGGCAUUUGGUACAUACCAAAGUGCAUUCCUUUCUGUGUUAGUGGCUAUGAGGGAAAUGAAGCCAGAAUUUCUCUUUUUACCUGAUCAAGAGGCCAUCAAGCCACUCAAGGGCAUGUCUUGAGAUUGAUAAUUCUCAGUGGAGAGGGAAUGAUAGGGGAAGGAUGCUUGAGCUCUAUUAGACAGUCACAUCACCUGUUAAAAUGUCUGACAGAUGUAGCAUACCUCCAAACCUCUGUUACUUGACAUGGUUGGAUGUAUCUCCAGAGCAGUAAAAACUGCAACCCCAAGAAAUCCACAGCGAGUCAGUUGUCAUCCCAGUGUGCAAUACAGUGGUAGCAUCGUUGAGGAAAAUCAGACUACAUGGCUGAAAGUUACAUUUUAAAACGACGUGCUUUUUACAGUUUUUAAAAAUGUAUGCCCUAACUCUUGAAUCUAGCUACCCACUGUCAACUUCAGUCAGUUCUUUUUUUUAAAACGAAUCUUUAAACGGAGGAACAAAGUUGACGUUGUUUAUAUUCAGCCACAGAAACGUACUGUACAUAUGUGAAUUUGUUGAGAAUUUGAUGUGGAUGUGUACAUAUGUAUAAUGUUUUAAUUUUGUGAAAUGCUGCUGAAAACACUACAUAUAUUGCUGUAGUGGGGUUUUAUUGUUGGCGGCCAGUUUAAUGAUACUGUAUGUAUUGUACAGCUGACGGAAGAAGAGUUUUUUUCUAGUGAUCAUUUGUUAAAUUUUAUUGUUGUGGCUGGAAUAUAUUAAUAAUAAAAGUUUUAAUGUCCAUCUUUACAAAAUGCUUUUUGUGGUGACGUUAUUAAGCAAUCUGAAAAAAGCAAAUCUGAAAAGCUAAGCCAGUAACUAAUAGUCUACACAGUAGUGGAGAUACUGCUUGAAGGGUUAGUUCAUCCAAAAAUGAGUCAUUAAUUACUCACUCCCAUGUCGUUCCAAACCUGUAAGACCUUUGUCCAUCUUCAGAACACAAAUUAAGAUAUAUUUGAUGAAAGCUCUCUGACCUAAACAACUUACAGGUUUGAAAAAAACAUGAGGGUGAACAAAAUGAUGACAGAAUUUCCAUUUUUGUGUGAACUAAACCUUUAAGGUUAGCAACCAGAGGGUUGGGAAAAGGUCCUUUCACAACAAGAAAGAUAACAAUAACCAUGAAGUUUUAAAACUCUUUAUAACUUCCAUACAACUAUAAACACAGAGUAACAAUAUUGUUGGGAUUUUCAGAGCAUUUUUCCCAGCUGAUGAAUGAUUAAAAACACUGGAAGCCAUUCAAAAUCCACUCGACUUUAAAGUGUGCCUCUGCACUGUGCUUACAGAACAGUGGUAUUAUUAUAGUUAUCGUUCUUAGUGUGAACAGUCUUAACCCCAAGGAAGUUCAAUAAUUAUGAUAAUAUAAUAGUUGUUACUGGCAGAGAAAAAAGUAAAUUUCUGCAAUAAUCAAGUCAUUGGAGCCAGGUGGUCAAAUCAAGUCAGGUGCACGUUUGACCAGCUUUGUCAAAAGAUGCAUGCAAUUUUGGCUUCUUGUCAGAAGAAAUCUGAUUAAAUGGCUGCAAAAGGAUUUCUAAGGAUCUGGGCAUCCAGUAAUCUAUAUUCAGGUAUAGUUUACAAACUAAGUGAAUUCUGCAGUGCUACUGUUCUUUCAAGGAACCUCCAAUUGACAGUUGAUUUGUAGGCAACAUUUGAGUUCAAUAUAAUACUGUUCAUCCAUUUUUUAUGGAUAUUAGACAUGGCUUUGGCUAAUAAAACUGAGGAAGCAGAACUUCUGUGCAUGUCAGCAUUAGUCAUAAAAGUACAGUUUAGAUGUAGUCAGAACUGUGUUGUGAGCCCUUUUCACCUUUUAUCAUGUAUAAGUGCAGUUUUCUGUAUGCACUUUUGUGGUUUUCCUUUAGGAAACUUUGGAUACUAACGAUAUAUUAUCUAUGCUAUU